AUGAACAACUAUGAGUUACCUAAUGAUGUAUCUUGGUACUGCUUAGUGAGAUGGCUAUCAAUAAGCAAUGUUCUUGGCAGUUUUUUUGAGUUACUUGAUCCAAUCAAACAGUUUAUGGAAGAAAAAGGAAAAUCUUUUCCUGAACUUAAUGAACCCCAGUGGUUGUUAGAUUUGGCUUUUUUUAAAGAUGUGGUUCAGUAUUUAUUCUUUAGUCUUCAUUUCAAAAACAUCGCUUUACAAUGUGGCUCACCUCAAAUUAGCUUUAUAAAUUUGCGGCUCCCAAAGUUAAGGUUAGUGGCCACCCCUGCUCUAUACUAUAUGCCUGCUAUAAUAUAG